CAAUUUCCUAAGGAUAUGGAUGGAAAAAUCACGGCCAGCUACUUUAGUUUAUGCAUCGCGGGGCAGAUAGUGUCUGCCACCUUUCCGCUGGGACCAGAUACGGAGUUUGUCUUUUGUCGCUACGAGUUGGUUGCCGGACCAGACUGGUUGCUGUGCUCGGGUCCGCAGCACGGACUCACACAAAUGGCCACAAACAAAGGCGGCAACUUCAAUGACAAAAUUAUAUUCAACAUGCCCAUUGAGGCGACAUACAAGAGCACGAGUCCUUUUGGCUGGCCGCAGCUGCUGGUCAGCGUGUUUGGUUGCAAUGGUCAUGGUCGAGAGCGCCUACUUGGCUAUGCCAGGGUCCACCUACCCCUCUUUGGUAGUCAAUGUGACCAGAGCUCGCAACCCAUGCUCAAUGCGCCCAUCUUGAAGCCCAAAUGCCCUAACAUAAUCGCCGACUUGACCAGUUGGAUGAUGAGACGAGAGCCCGAACUCCGCGAUGCCAAAGUACUGCUGGACACCAUGAAGUGUAAAGGUCUGUCCAUGGAAUCUUACGGCACAUUGGAGUUACAACUGUCUACCAUAAUGAGAGGAGCGCAGAAGCUUGGCUAUAAUUGGCACGUUUGAGCGCUUCUUCCGCAUUUCGACAUCCGUCCUGCCAUGUGCAGCUAGUCUUAGCGUCUUUAAAUAAAGCAAAAAACCUGCAAA